CUGUUGCUGAGGCUGAGGGAACAAACACUGUUGGUGAAAAAGCCCUGUUGCAGAUUUUGCUAAGCAGACUGAAUGCAUAUCGAAAUACUUUGAAAGUCGGGGGAAUAUCCCCACGUUUUUGUUUAGGAUGAGCAUGGAAGAUUAUGACUACCUGUUCAAAAUUGUACUAAUAGGAAAUGCUGGUGUUGGGAAAACCUGCCUGGUCCGACGCUUCACUCAGGGCCUUUUCCCCCCUGGACAAGGGGCUACCAUAGGAGUUGACUUCAUGAUCAAGACUGUGGAGAUCAAAGGGGAAAAAGUCAAGCUGCAGAUCUGGGACACAGCAGGCCAGGAGCGUUUCCGUUCCAUCACCCAGAGUUACUACCGGAGUGCCAACGCACUCAUCCUCACCUAUGACAUCACGUGUGAGGACUCCUUCCGGUGCCUUCCAGAAUGGCUGAGGGAGAUUGAGCAGUAUGCCAACACCACCGUGGUCACUAUUUUAGUCGGCAAUAAGAUCGACCUAGCGGAGAAGAGGGAAGUCAUGAGGCAGAGAGCGGAAGAUUUUGCGAACUCCCAGAGCAUGCUUUAUCUGGAGACCUCUGCCAAGGAGUCUGAUAACGUGGAGAAGCUCUUUCUGGACCUGGCGUGCGAGCUGAUCCGCGAUGCCAAACAGAACACGCUGGACAACAAUGACACGGCUAACGCUAUGCCAGGAGAGGGGAAAACCAUCAGCUACCUAGGUUGCUGCAGCACUAACUAGGUCAGAUUCUAGAGUGCUGGGUUGUGUUCAUUCCUGUUUAUAAGGGCACAACACCAACGGGGGGGGGGGGGUUCUUAUCGGACAGAUUUAGCUCAGUCCCUUCCCGCUUACCCUCUGUUUCGGGACGUUUUUCUUCCCAAGUUGAACGCCUAUUGAACACCACCCUGAACUGUAUUCUGGCCAUGCAGCUGUGCUGAGUGCACUACGACGUAGACCGAACGCAGUGGAAUGGCGGUGACAGGAUGCCUCAUGUCUGUUUUGUCCCAGUCCAGACUUCACGGUGCCACUUGUCAGUCUCUCUUUUGAGAGUCCCUCCCAUGGCUUUUUUAUUUUUAUUUUUUUACCUUCAACAGUAUGAUCUGUCCAAUCACCUUCUUGUUGUUUUAUCCUCUGUGGGAAUAGAAAUGUUCAGAGGAUGCAAUACAAGUUGCUGCCACUAGAUGGGAGUACAUAACCUUAUCCCUGGUGCAACGGGAUUGAACAGACUGUACUAUAGGCCUUGUUGCAAGCUGAUGUAAUAUAUUGGGAUGUUAUUUAUUUAUUUCCCCCAAAGGAAAUCUGAGGAAGGUUAAAUGUAUUCAUACACCAU